AUGAUGAUGAAGAAGUCGUCCCCGAAUCGCCACCUCAGGAGCUCAAGCGCAAAAAAAAACAAGGGGAAGGGGAAGGCGGUUGAAACCGUACCCGCAACCGCGCCAAAAAGCGAUUCGAGAGCAAAGGCGAGACCUUGGUCGAAAGUAGAGGACGAGGCGCUAGCAAUAGUGUUUGUUAAGUCCUCAACUUGCCCGGUUGUCGGGAACAACCGAACGGGUAGUAGUUUUUGGAAGGCGAAAACGGAAAGAUUUAACCGGCUUAUGGAGCAAGGCCCGGCGCGUGAUGUCGAAUCCGUCUCGUGCAAGUGGCGUAAAAUGAACAAGACCAUCAAUACCUUUAGCGGGUAUUAUAACCAAAUUUACAUUAAUCCUCCUAGUGGGAGUAACGACGAGGACAUACUUAACCUUGCUUUGGCUAAGUGGGACUCUAAAAAUUCAACGACUUUCCCGCACAUCCGAGCAUGGAACAUUUUAAAGAAAGAAAACAAAUGGAAGCCGGUUCCAAAUGAGGUCGCAACCGCCAAACAGAGUAAAACUUCCGAGUCCGGAAGUUAUAGUGCGGGAGGCUCCACCGCUCGUUGUCAAAUCGACAUAAACGACGACCCGGAAUAUGACGAGGAUGUGAUGCCCGUUCACGAGUCGGAACGUCCCAUCGGAAGGGACAAAGAAAAAAAGAGGCGGCCCCGAAAAGGGGGCGGCUCGAGCGGUGGGGGCGGCUUCGAAAAUGGACGAGUUUAUAACCGAAUUCCGUUCGUUCAAAGAGCUCGCGGCCGAAAAAUAUAG